UAUUUAGAAAGUCCUUUGGCAUAAUCAGAUUAGGUGAAAGGUCACAUAUACCUGAUCUCAACAAAUUCCUCAAAGUUCCUCCUUUCGGAAUCAUUAACUACAGGAUAGGAGUGUCAACACACCGCGGGAUUCACAUCGUGGAAAGUGCAUUAAGUGAAUUUCCUUGUUUGGAAUACCAUUGACAAUUCUGCAUUGCCCACAACACACUCAUGGCUCCAGAGAAAGACAGCAAAGGUUCGGACAACUUUGCGUUUGUUGACGGUGUCAAACCUUUCUGUGAUUUGGCAGAAAAUGAUAAUGGAAAUGAUAAUUUUUCAGAGGAUGGAGAUGCUAACAAACUAGCAUAUUGUGUCACAGAUGUUCCACCAUGGUACCUCUGCAUCAUUUUUGGAAUUCAGCACUGUCUUACAGCUUUUGGUGGUAUUAUCGCCAUUCCUUUGAUCCUGUCUCAGGGGUUGUGUCUACAGCAUGAUGGGCUCACGCAAAGUCACCUCAUCAGCACCAUCUUUUUCGUGUCGGGGCUGUGCACCUUACUGCAGGUCACUUUUGGAGUGAGGUUACCCAUUCUCCAGGGUGGGACGUUUGCUCUUCUUUCACCCUGCAUGGCUUUGCUUUCAAUGCCUGAAUGGAGCUGUCCAGCUUGGACACAGAAUUCCAGCCUGGUCAACAUCUCCUCUCCCGAGUUUAUCCACGAAUGGCAGAGUCGCAUACAGGUGCUUCAAGGAUCAAUCAUGGUUGGAUCUCUGUUUCAAGUGCUUGCAGGAUUCUCUGGUCUUAUUGGGUUCCUUAUGCGUUUCAUCGGCCCUUUGACCAUCGCACCAACCAUUUCUCUAAUUGGCCUGUCGUUGUUUGACUCCGCAGGCAUGAAUGCAGGACACCAUUGGGGAAUCUCUGCUAUGACAACAGGUUUAAUUGUGCUAUUCUCACAAUACCUCCGCCAUAUAACCGUACCUUUCCCAGCAUAUAGCAAGGCCAAGAAUUUUCACACCACAAGGAUGUACAUAUUUCAGAUGUUACCUGUCCUUUUAGGAAUCACUCUGUCUUGGUUUAUCUGUUAUAUCUUUACAAUCUACAAUGUCCUGCCCUCUGACCCUGUCCAGUAUGGCUAUCUAGCCCGCACUGAUGUUAAAGGGGAUGUUAUUGGCAGGUCGCCUUGGUUCAGAUUUCCUUAUCCAGGUCAAUGGGGUGUGCCCACCGUAAGCCUUGCUGGCGUUUUUGGUAUCCUGGCAGGAGUUAUAUCCUCAAUGAUUGAGUCAGUGGGCGAUUAUCAUGCCUGUGCCAGGUUAUCUGGUGCCCCUCCACCACCCAGACAUGCCAUCAACAGGGGCAUUGGCAUUGAAGGCAUUGGAUGUCUCCUGGCAGGUGCCUGGGGUACUGGAAACGGCACCACCUCCUACAGUGAGAAUAUAGGAGCCUUGGGUAUCACCAAGGUUGGCAGUCGCAUGGUAAUUGUGGCCAGUGGGUUUCUAAUGAUUAUAAUGGGAAUGUUUGGGAAAAUUGGAGCCAUAUUCACCACAAUCCCAACACCUGUCAUUGGAGGGAUGUUUUUGGUCAUGUUUGGGGUCAUUACUGCUGCAGGAUGUUCAAACCUACAGUAUGCAGACAUGAACUCAUCACGCAACAUCUUUAUCUUUGGAUUCUCCAUGUUUACUGGUCUUGUAAUUCCCAACUGGAUACUGAAAAAUCCCACAGCCAUAGCAACAGGUGUCGUUGAACUGGACCAGGUGCUUCAAGUACUUCUCACCACAAGUAUGUUUGUCGGAGGCUUCUUUGGCUUUCUUUUUGACAACACAAUUCCUGGAACAAAACGCGAAAGAGGCAUUGUCGCCUGGAACAGAGUCCACCAAAGCGAGUCGGACAACACAGUGGAAUGUAAUGAUGUUUACGGGCUACCCUUCGGUAUUAGUGCCGCCCUGUCAUCUUUGUCCUGGACCAAAUAUGUGCCUUUCUGCCCAGCACACAAAACAAGUACAGAGGAUGACACACCAUCCAGCCUGGAUUCUGUGGACAAUAAAACAGGGCCUAACAAAGAUGAUUCACACAUCAUAGUAGCGGUGGCAUUAUAAUAUGUGAAAGCUUGGUUUAAAUUGAAAACCAAAAAAAAAUGUUGCUUACUGAACUGAGAAGGCAGCUAGUGUAAUUUCACAAUACAAAUAACUUUAUAAACUUUUAUAUUUACUUUGUAAAAAGUGAAA